CCUUCUCUUCAUCUUUUUUCAGUUAAACUUUAGAUAAAAUUUUUUUGGAACAAUAGAAUGGAAAUAGGAAUACGAUAGAAUUUUUGGGUUAUGGGAGACUUUGUUUUUUGGUGGGGGCUGGUUUUUAGUAUGCUUUGUUGGGUGAAUAUAUGCUGAAUGUAGAAAUGGAGUACUGCGUCAAAGCGAGAGCAUUCAAAUCAAGUUUACUUGGAAAAUUGGCCAUGAAGUCGACGCAGCAGGUGAUGUUGGAGGACUGCUUGGGUGUUGGUGGGGUUCCGAGCGAAGAUUUCUCCAUCGACGACCUUCUGGACUUGUCGAAUGCCGAGUUUGAAGACGGGUACGUCGUGGAACAAGAAGAGGAAGAUGAAGAAGUGGAGAAAUGUUCUCUUUCAAGCUGUUCCUCUCAAGACCAGGCCGAUGAGGAUAGUUCCAAUUCUACAAAUUUCUCCGGCACAGCUGAGUCUAAGUCUCAUCUCGCCAGCGAGCUUGCCGUUCCGGAUGAUGAUUGGUGGAGCUAGAAUGGGUUUCUCGCAUCAUGGAUGAUUAUCUGCUGGAUUUCUCUCUUUCGUACGCUGCCGGGAAAUAGAAAACCGAGACUUGUAUAAUAAACCAGUUAGAACCGGAGACUAGACGAAGGUCGACAUCAACAAAACUUUCAGUUUUUCCCUCCCUGGUUCCGUCUAAAGCUAGAAGCAAAUGGCCCAGAUCAACUAAUCACGUUUGGCUUGGGUCCCCACUCUCGGAGUCACCUUCACCAUCUUCAGCAUCUUCUCCUGGGUUUUCUUCGACACAUUGUCUUAUCUUUGCCAACACGGUCCAAAAACAUGGAGUUUUUUACUUUUGAUCUCAGAUGCGGAAAAGGGGGAAGGAAAGGAAGGAGGAAACGAGAAAUGAGUAAAACGAUGCCGUUUUCUUUUUACACGUGGACGUGAGGCCGCGGCGGGGACGCAACCACGGUUGUCUAUAGCAUUUUUGAUUACAAAAUAUCUCAAAAAGUCCGGUCUCAACCGGUUUUGGGAACCCACGUCAUCGUUGUCCUAUUUCCAAUACGGCAUCGUAUAUCAUUUAGUUUAAAAACCAAUCUCUAUCACAUUUAAUAUUCGUUUAGUUAUUUACUUAGUUUUCA